GGUGGAUGGAGGAGCUGAGGGAGGUGCAGGAGCUGCUGGAGGUGCAGGUCCAGGACGUCCAGGAGGUGCUGGAGGUGCUGGAGGUAUGGAGAAGCUGUCCUCCAGGUCCCCUACGAGCUGCUCCUUCUGUCAGGGAGCACAGCUGACCUCUUCAUCCUGUCACUGUUCAUCCUCCUCUUCCUCCUCUAAACCAUGGAGGAGGUCACCAGGGUCGCAGAAUCCUCCCCAGACCCUCCUCCUCUCCUGGAGCGUCAGGUCCGUCAGCGUCCUCCAGUGGCUUCGGUUCUGAAGUCGAAGCUGAAGCGGGGGUUGAGCUGUUCCGGACCCAGAGUCCGGUCCACCCUGUCCGGGUUCUUCCCUGUGGUGCGCUGGCUGCCCAAAUACAGACUGAAGCAGUACGUGUGGGGUGACCUCAUGUCUGGGGUCAUCGUCGGCAUCAUCCUGGUACCGCAGGCCAUCGCCUACUGUCUGCUGGCCGGAGUGGAGCCCAUCUACGGCCUGUACACCUCCUUCUACGCCAACAUCAUCUACUUCCUGAUGGGAACGUCCAGACACGUCUCUGUGGGGAUCUUCAGCCUCAUGAGCCUCAUGGUUGGACAGGUGGUGGAUAAGGAGGUGUACUUGGCGGGUUUCGACCUCAAUGAGGACUCAAAAACAUCUGGUCCAGUUGUGUUGAACGGCUCAUUGGACGGUAACUUCACAGCUACUAAAACGGUGGAACUCAUGGGCGUGCAGUGUGGGAAGGAGUGCUACGCCAUCGCUGUCGCUGCUGCGCUGACAUUCUUGGCGGGAAUCUAUCAGGUCCUGAUGGCGGUGUUUCGUCUGGGCUUCGUCUCCGUCUACCUCUCGACUCCCAUGCUGGAUGGUUUUGCCACCGGAGCCUCCUUCACCAUCCUGACGGUCCAGGCUAAGUACCUGCUGGGUCUGAAGAUCCCCCGUCACCAGGGUUACGGCACCGUGGUCGUCACCUGGAUCAACAUCUUCUCCAACAUUCACAAGACAAACCUGUGUGACCUCAUCACCAGUGCCAUCUGCAUUUCUGUUUUAGUGGCGGGUAAAGAGAUCCAGGAGCGUUACAAGGAGCGUCUGAAGAUCCCUCUGCCCACGGAGCUGCUGGUGGUGGCCGGAGCCACCCUGGCCAGUCACUUUGGAGACCUGAACGGGCUGUACGGCUCCAGUGUGUCCGGUCACAUCCCCACAGGCUUCAUCCCUCCACAGGUGCCCAGCUUCAGUCUGAUGCCGCGGCUGGCCCUGGACGCCGUUCCCCUGGCCGUCAUCAGUUUCGCCUUCACUGUGUCACUGUCUGAGAUGUUCGCCAAGAAAAACGGCUACACCGUUCGUCCCAACCAGGAGAUGCUGGCCAUCGGCUUCUGCAACAUCAUCCCCUCCUUCUUCCACUGUUUCACCACCAGUGCAGCGCUGGCAAAAACCAUGGUGAAGGAUUCCACCGGCUGUCAGACUCAGGUGUCCAGUCUGAUCAGCGCUCUGGUCGUCCUUCUCGUCCUCCUGUUUUUCGCACCGUUCUUCUAUGCUCUUCAGAAGUGUGUUCUGGCUUGUAUCAUUAUCGUCAGUCUUCGCGGGGCGCUGAGGAAGUUCAAGGACGUCCCGGCUAAGUGGCGAGCCAGCCAGAACGACGCCAUCGUGUGGUUGGUGUCGAUGGGAUCCACAGCGUUGAUCAGCGUGGAGCUGGGCCUCCUGACCGGGGUGGUGUUCUCCAUGAUGUGCAUCAUCUAUAAGACCCAGAACCCCAUGGUCUCUAUUCUGGGUCGGGCCGAUGACACGAACCUUUACGAGGACGUGGAUGAAUAUCAGAACCUGAUCCCACCUGCUCAGAUCCGGGUUUUCCGUUUCGCCGCUCCGCUGUACUACGCCAACAAAGACUCCUUCCUUAAAUCCUUGUAUAAAGCUGUGGGAGUGGAACCUUUCUUGGAGCUCACCAAGAGGAGAAAGGCCGAGAAAAAAGCCAAAGAGGCGACGUCAAAGCAGGCCAAGGAGAACGGAAACCAGAACAACGGAGAGGUGGUGGUGGGACUGAUCCAGACCCAGCUGGACUUCCACACCGUGGUCCUGGACUGCUCUGCCAUCCCGUUCAUGGACUCCACAGGCACGGCCACAUUCAAAGGGCUGAUCAAAGAGUACAAAGACAUCGGAGUGAGCGUCCUCCUCAGCGGAUGCAACACGUCAGUCAUCGACGCCUUAAAGAAGGGGGAGGUGUUUGGGAAAAACCACGCAGACAUGAGGCGGCUACUGUUUCAUACGGUUCACGCAGCGGUCGUGUACGCUGAAGCUGUUGGUUCUGCAGCGAAACAAAUGACAUCAGACGACUCUGCAGUGUAGGAGACCAGAAGAAGAAGAAGGAAACAGAAAAGGACCUCUGCUUCUUCUGUCCUGUUGAAUCUGACAGUUUUUAGGUUUGUUUAAUGAAAGCACACCAAGAAUAAAGGUUUAUUUAACCCUUAAAGACCCAAACAUCCACCACCAACCAAAACCAUCUGCUGAUCUAAACUGUUUAAUACCUGCUGAUCCACUAAUCCUAUCAAUACAUGUCAAU